AUGGCUCGCGUCCCCCUCGACUGGGAGUUAUAUAUGCGCUUCGCUCCGAACCUUUGCGCAUGCGUCGUGUGUACCUUGCCAGCCCUGAGUCAUCCGUCGCCCCUGGGCAGCGGGACUGGCAAGGGGGAGAGGCGGGGGCGCAUGCGCAGCUCGCGUUUUCUCCUCCAGCGCGCGGAACUCCAGAAGGUGUCAAAGAGACUCUUUGCCCCUCCAUUAAUUAAAUCCAAAACUGCCUUUGCUCAAGGGGAACAAAAGCCUCACAGGAAACAAGAAGACGACCGGGCAAAUGCUGUUCCUCUGAACCACACAUCAGGCAAUGGACCUGCAGCCAAACUCAAAAGAGCACAUUGUCCAAAGGUCUGUACGAAAGAUCAAGAUAAGAAGCAGACUAAAGUAGAAGAGGAAGUAAAGCAGAAGAAGCAACGAGACAUUACCAAGAAGGAAGGAGGAAAGGAAAGCAGUUGCCUCAAGGACUCCGUGUUUGAAGAGGUUGUUGAGAGUGUGCUUAAGAAGUCUUUGGAGGAGUGCAUGGAAGACUUUAGGAAGAUAGCUCCGUCAGCUGAGGAACACAGUCUGGAAAGAGAGAAUGUGGCAGCCUCUUUCCCUACAGAGGAAGCUGUUCCAGGAGAAGCAGGCAGAGUUGAAGAUGAGAAGAUGCUUCUAGAAACAGAACAGCAGAAGCCUCAGCCCGGGAAGAGGAGACUCAGCAGGGCAUCUCCAAAGGACAACAGUAAGAAAAAUGAGGACCCAGAAGCAGACAAUGGGGGGCGUAAAGAAAGCCGGAAAGGAGCGCCCAAGAAAAAAGUUCAAGGCAACGCCCAGAUUGUUCACCAAGAGGAAAAGCAAAAAGAGGGGGAGGAGGAGGAGGAGGCAGCAGAUGAAGGAAGUUGUAGCUGGUGCGUGGUGUGGGUUCAGUGCUCCUAUCCAGCCUGUGGGAAGUGGAGGCGCAUCCGCAGUGACGUAGACCCAUCAGUUCUGCCUGAUGACUGGACCUGCAGCCAGAACCCAGAUCUUCAGUACAACAGCUGCAGCGUUCCUGAAGAAAUGUGGUCAGAGUCUGAGAGUGAGGUGGUCUAUGCAGUUUAUAUUCCCGGGUCGAUUGUGUGGGCGAAACAAUAUGGAUACCCGUGGUGGCCUGGGAUGAUAGAAGCCGAUCCUGACAUUGGCGAAUACUUCCUGUUUUCUUCUCCUAAAGAUUCACUUCCUUCCAAGUACCAUGUGACAUUUUUUGGUGACCCUGUAUCCCGGGCUUGGAUCUCUGCUUCUAUGCUGAGGAACUUUGGUGAACCAAAUGCAGAGGAAAAUUGUCUGUCCAAGCCCAAGAGCAAAGGAGACCCAAAGAAUCUGAAAGCUGCUCAAACAAUGGCUAAAGAAGCGGAACAAAUAAGCAUUCUGGAGAGAAUAAGAAUAUUUGGAUUCUGCAACCGAUUCAGUGGGAAAGACCACAAAGGUCAUAAGAUGCCACUUGUUGUGCCAAGGUGUAAGGACGCUAAAGCCAAACAGCCCAGUUCUUGUACAGACAGCAGCCAUGCUAACUUAUUGCCACCUGGCCAUCCUGGUGAGAAAGGCAGCUUGAACAAGGCUAAAACUUCUCAGGUGGAAGAAAAUAAUCUGGUGUUGAAUAAGAUCGCUACGAACCACGAGGAGCCAGGUGCGUUGAGGGUGUUUGGAGAUGAAGAAGAGGAAAAUUGUGGUAGUCAGAAAAUUACUGUCUUUGUUGAGGAGAAAAAUAACUCCCCUGAAGAGUUCUCCUUGGCCUUGUUUGAAGAGUAGCUCUUUGAAGGGAUAUAGCCUUUGGGAAAGAUGGAUUCUUUUCCCCAUGCAGUCAGUGAGAACAAAAGUGCACAACCAGACUAUUGGAGAAGAUGCCAAUAUAAUUUUACUUGAAUUUAAUCUUAAAUCUGACUGGUUCUAAACAUGGCAGCAAAACAUUUGUCUUCCAUUUCUUGAUUAAACUGGGAACUGUGAGCAUAGCCAUAAACAUGACAGAGAAAUUCUUGCUCCAACCAUGGUGCAAAAGAAAAUUCAAGCAAAAUUGUAUUGCAGUAUGGGCAUUUCCUGAACAUUGUGUGGUGAUUUGUUAGUUCACGUAGCGAAAUGUUCACCUUCAAAACGUAUGGCUUUUUGGUGAAAUCAAAUUGUUUAACUGUUGUUUGGUUUAAUUAUAAUUAAAGGCUACUUCUGGA